CGUCUCCGGAAAUUUCGCUCCGACUUCUGUGGAUUUGAGAUUUUUUUUCGGCCACUUGGAGAAGCGCUGCUUCAGUCCGGUUGUUUGGAUUAUUCUCUUGGAUGGUUUACGUUUGGACACACAGGAGAAGACCAAUGAAGACGGCCGGACGGUGGUCGGCCGCAGUCUUCCUGCUGGGGCUCCUCGCGCUCGGCGCCGACGGGAGGCCCAACAAGGAGGCGUUCGGGCCCUCGCCCUAUCGACCGGCCGUGAGAUUCCGACACAAGGACGGGGUCCCGGAGAGCUUGAGGAUAAAAGGUUUCAUGGGGCACGCCGGUUAUCCGGGGCCGUGUGAACACAAGUACUGCGGCCUGGGACGCCACUGCGUGGCGAACCGGGAGACGGGCCAGGGGGAGUGCCAGUGCCUGGACCACUGCAAGCCGCACUACAAGCCGGCGUGCGGCUCGGACGGGAAGCUGUACCAGAACCACUGCGAGCUGCACCGGGCCUCCUGCCUGCGGGGCCACAAGAUCACCAUCAUGCACAGCGAGGAGUGCUUCUACAAAGACGACAGCUGCAGACUGAGCGACUACCGUCGGCUGAAGACCAAGGUUCUGGAUUUGCACGAGAAGCGGUACCUGGGCUCGAGCGUGCACGGGAUCCACCGGGACAACAUGGCCGCCAGGAAGCAGCUGGUGGACGUGAUGUUCAAACGCUUCGACACGGACAACAACGGACAGAUCGGAGCCAGCGAGCUUUCACAGGUCAUCAAACAGGAAGGACUGAACAAAGACGCCUCCGACUGCACGCUGUUCGACCUGCUGAAGUACAACGACGUGAACGACGACGAGCGCCUGACCAGAGAGGAGUUCUACACGGCGUUCGACGUCUACCAGCUGACUCUCCCGGAGGACCAGAGGGUCAGCGUGACCACGGUGACCGUCGGCCAGAGCGCCGUGCUGACUUGCGCCAUCGCCGGAGAGCGGAGGCCUCCCAUCCUGUGGAAGAGGAACCACCAGUACCUCAACUCCCUGAACCUGGAGGACAUGAACAUCCCGUCUCAGGACUUUGGGGACGACGGCUCGCUGUACAUCACCAAGGUGACCACCACCCACAUGGGGAACUACACCUGCCACGCCGACGGAUACGCCAAACUGUUCCAGACACACACCCUUCAGGUGAACGUUCCGCCGGUGAUCCGGGUUUACCCGGAGAGCCAGGCGCGGGAGCCCGGCGUGACGGCCAGCCUGCGGUGCCACGCCGAGGGCAUCCCCGCCCCCCGGCUGGCCUGGCUCAAGAACGGCGUGGACAUCGCCAGCAAGCUGUCCAAGCAGCUCACCCUGCAGGCUAAUGGAAGCGAGGUUCACAUCAGCAACGUGCACUUCGAGGACACCGGCGCCUACACCUGCAUCGCCCGGAACCAGGCGGGCGUGGACGAGGACAUCUCCUCGCUGUUCGUGGAGGACUCCGCCCGCAAGACCCUGGCAAACAUUCUGUGGCGCGAAGAAGGCCUCGGCAUCGGGAACAUGUUCUACGUGUUCUACGAAGACGGGAUUAAAGUCAUCCAGCCGGUGGCCUGUGAGAUACAGCGACACAUUAAGCCCAGCGAGAAGCUCCUCGCGCUGCAGGAGGAGGUGUGUCCCGUCUCUCCAGGAGACUCGGUCCAGAGGUGUGUGUGGUCAUCGGCGGUCAACAUCAAGGACAGAUUCAUCUACGCCACCCAGCCGACCCUGAACCGGGUGCUGGUGGUGGACGUCCAGUCUCAGAAGGCCGUCCAGACGGUCAGCACCGAUCCGUAUCCGGUGAAGCUCCACUACGACAAGUCCCACGACCAGGUGUGGCUGCUGAGCUGGGGAGACGUGGAGAAGAACUUCCCCACCCUGCAGGUGAUCAAUCAGGCCAGCGGAAGAGUCUCCCAUCACACCGUGCACACGCAGCCGGUCGGCCGGCGCUUCGACCGGGUGGACGACUUCUUCAUCCCCGCCUCCAGCCUCAUCAUCAACCACGUCAGAUUUGGUCUCAUUCUUCAUCGAAAUGAGCCUGUCCUCCACAAGAUUGACCUGGAGACGACGUCCUACGUGAAAAACAUCAGCUUACGGGAGUAUAACUGCGUCCCCAAGUCCGUGGCCUACACCCACCUCGGCGGCUACUACUUCGUUAACUGCCGGCCGGACUCCACCGGCGCCACGCAGCCCCAGCUCGUCCUGGACGGCGUGACGGACGGCGUGAUCGGACAGAACCGGGACGUCGCCGGCACGCCCUACGUGUCCCCCGACGGCCACUACCUGGUCACGGUGGACGACAGGGACGGCCUGAUGAGGAUCCAGACCGUCUCGGAGCGCGGGCGGAUCGGGGAGCCCUUCGACAUCCACACCAACCUGCACCUGUCCGACGUGGCGUUCCAGCGCUCCUUCACCGAGCUCCACCAGUACAACGUGUUCGGCAGCUCCGGCCGGCAGACGGACGCUCUGUUCGUGGAGCUGAGCAGCGGCAAGGUGAAGAUGAUCAAGAGCCUGAAGGAGGCCGCCAAGCCGUCGGACUGGCCGUGGAGCAGCAGGAACAGGGUGAUGGCGAGCAGCGGCCUGUUCGGACAGUACCUCAUGACCCCGUCCAGAGAGUCCCUCUUCAUCCUGGACGGGCGGCUCAACAAGCUCAACUGUGAGAUCACCGACGUGGUGAAGGGGAACGUGGUGGCGUGGGUCGGGGAGUCCUAAGAGUCGCCGCCUGCUUUGCGUU